AUGAAGCCUGCUGGGAACAGCGUAUCGGCCACAAGACGAGGAUCAUCGACCUCGUUUAUUGAUGAAGAUACAAGCUACAAAGUCGUCCUGCCACGUCUACCAACCGGUAACGAUGUCUUGAAUUCCGUUUUCCUUCAUGCAGACUUGGGUGGUAGACCGUACCGAGCUCCAGACUUCCGUGACGCUCUGCUUGAAGUGGUGACUACUGCGGCCGUUAUAGGUGUGGGACAGUACCAAAUGAGCCAUGUGUGGAUGGUUACCUGCGCAAGUAGAGUGGCGAAGCAGAAACUUGUCACCCGUGCUGAGCUUCGUGUAAAAGGGCGGAAGUGCAUGGUGAUAGAUCCGGAGACCAAGGAUAUUAAACUUAAACUCCUUUGGCUACCACCUCACCUUGAACCUCGACGAGUUGAAGAGGCGUUUCAAGCAUAUGGUGUGGUCAAAUCUAUAGAGAGAGAGACGUGGAGAUGUGCUGGUAUGGAGCAAUGGAUGACAACGAACCGGGAUGUUGCCUUAGAGCUCAAGGAUGGCAUCACUGUAAGCUCAAUACCACAUAUGUCCAUCUACGGUCAUCAAUGCCUAGUGCUUAUUCCUGGUAGGCCUCCGCUGUGUCUUCGUUGCAAGCGAGUGGGACACGUUCGUCGACAGUGCAAGACACCGCGGUGCUUGCAGUGCCACCGCUUCGGCCAUUUGUCGGAUGAUUGCGUGUCGACUAACGCAAGCAAGCUUCGUUCUGGCCAAUCUAGCACAGAAGAGCCUCAUCUGGACCAUCUUAUGGAUGCUACAGAGGUGGUCGACGCAUCCGGAGAAGCAGCAGGUGGCAUCAAAGAAGAUGAACAGUUGACCAUAGAGCCCGUGCCCUGCAGUCACAAUAGCGCAGCUAAAAGCACAAGUGAAGACACAAGAGAUGAGAACGCUGUCAGCCAACAUGGCUUGGAAAACCCAAAGGAAAAGCCUCCAGAUGACGAAGAUGAAGAGGCAAUGGAUAGCAGCCAGACAAGGAAACGCCCGGCGCCGGAAAGUGAUGAAGCAAGAGCGGGUGCGUCAGACGCAGCAGAGCAAGCGCCCUCAUGUUGGCAACAUGCUGUCGCCUUUGGUGGUGGAGGGCCGCGCCGUCUGUGCCAGCGUUCUCAGGAAGGUGCCACAAAGAAGUGCAAAGGAGGUAAAGCCACAAGUUCGCCUGUGGCUAAAGGUGAUCAACAAAAACUUUAA